AUGACCGACAACCUGCUGAAUCAGUUGGAAUCUUGCAAAAUAUGUAUUCUCCGCGGCGUGUGUAAGAAACUGAAAAACUUUAUCGAUAACAAAGAUCCAGGUUUUAAAAUCGUUAAAAUAACUGUCCAUCAAAACAGUAGCGAUAUGUUUAUGGACAGAGAAGGUGGGUAUACCUUCGUAAAUGAUCUACCUCAUGGCAUUGUUGGUAGAGCGCGGCGUAUGUGCAAAUCGAAGAAAAAUACUCAUUUGGAUUCACUCCUGGGGUGUUUAUCAGUGUUGAUGAAGAAUUCGGAACUUCAGUUGGAUUCAUUGGAUAUCAUAGUUUACCACAAUCAUAACACAAUAGUUAAGUGGUUCGAAGAACUAGUCCAAUCGAAAAAUCAGACUCACUGCAAACAUGUCCAACUGGUGGCACCUGGAGUUCAGCAUUCUUCUGAAGUCCGCUCAUUUCGAAUAUGGCCAAAUCGAUGUGAAGGAAAACAUUCCGCAGGAGGUUGUGAGAGUUUUUGUUCCAGAAUUCAAUGA